AUGACCCUCAACAUCUCCCCCGACGAUGUAUGCUGGGCCCAAGCCGAAACCAUCUCCGACACCUGGCUCCUCCAGUUCCUAGCAAUUGACAUCCUGCGGCCCAUCGCAGACUUCAUCCUCCAGCACAACCGCGGCAACGCCACCGAAUUCGCCAUCCUCAGGACAGGCUCCUACAACAUCUCUCUGCGCCUCCAGUACGAACCCCACGGCGCCACCGUAAUCCGAUUCCCGCAGCCCGGCGCCGUGCUCUUCCCUGAAGAGAAGGUCAUACACGAAGUAUCAGUCAUGCGCUUCCUCACCGACCAGACCACCAUCCCCGUUCCAUUCAUCCUGCACUCAGGCACCAAGCAAGAGAGUCCCCUCGCAUUGAGCCCAUUCAUCCUGAUGGAGUACCUCGAGCACGAGACAAAACUGUACGACGCGCUCAACACCCCGGGUCUUCCCAGGGAGCAGCGCGGGGUGCUCGACCCCGACAUCACACAGGAGAAGCUGGAGAGGCUGUACGCCCCGAUGGCCGACGUCCUCCUACAGCUGUCCCUCCCCGCCCUCCCGCGCAUCGGCUCGCUCAGCCAGCGGGACGACUUCACCUGGGAGGUGACGCGUCGACCGCUGUCGAUGAACAUGAACGAGCUCGUCCGUCUGGGCUGUCUACCUCGCUCCCAGCUCCCGAGCAUCGACACGACCUUCCCCACCGCCUCAGCAUACGUGCAGUCCCUGGCGGAUUUCACGUACGCUGCGCCGGUGGAGUUCUGCCACGCUCCGCCGGGGUGGCUGCUGAUCGAGCGGCCCGAGGAAUGGGCCGGGGGGAUCGAGGCGUGGAGUCGGGUGUUCGAAGCCCGGCUGCAGACGUCUUUGAGGGUGAUGCGCGAGUGCGAGGAUCGAGAGAUUCAGCGGGGCCGGUUUUACGAGGGGCAGAGGCUCUCCGGGCCGAUGGAGAAGAGCUGGGAGAGUGGGGAUUUCUGGGUCAUGUAUGCGCUGCGCAAUAGCUUUGCGUUUGAUCUGGUGUAUUGGCUGGAGAUUGAUGAGAGGUUCUUUGGGGACAGUGGACGAGGGGCGGACAGGGCGUGGGAGAAGAGGGUUGGGUUGUUGAGUGAGAAGGAAAGACGGGAGAUGGAACUGCUGGUGACGAUGAAGAUGGCGGAGAGGGGGAGUCGGCCUCUUGUGUGGGAUGCGGAUGAGUAUACUUGGGCUUUUCAGCGGAAAUUGGACAGACGGAGGGAUGGAGAUGGGGGAGGGAAGGAUGAGGUCGGGGGUGGUGGGACUGGGGCUGAUGGGAUGGAUUCUCGCUAA